AAAAGAUUUCUGCCGUAAUGAUGUAUUAAUCGAAACCUUUCGAGUUCCGAGUUGCAGAUGUAGCCAAUCAAUUUCUCUCUGUCCUGUUUCCUCUUAGUCUUUUCCCGCAGUCCCUCUGCUCAAGAUCUUAUUUUUAGGGUUUCAUGGGCUCGCCUCAUUCAGACUUCGAUUUCAAGAUGAUUGCUUGCCUUGGAUGCGGAUCAUGAGGAACUGGCUUUUUGUCCAAUUGGGAAAAAGAAAAAAGAGCAUCUAAGUAGUAAAUAUUUGAUAUAAUUUGGUUGCAUAUGAUGGAGGAUGAGAAUGGGAUUGAGCUAAGCUUGGGUCUUUCUUGUGGUGGCUCUGUUGGUAAAUCAAAGAGUAAAGAUGGAAGUUCUUCAGAUAUUAAGACUGUGGAAGGAGGUGUUAACAAUAAAUUAGUGGGUGAUUUGAAGAACUUUUAUCAUAUUGGCACCCAGAAACAGGACUUAGAUACUGAUUCCCAGAAAAGUGAUCUGGUGAAAUCCCAAGAGAACUUCUUUACUAACCUUGCAAACACCUCAGAGGCAGGUACUUCUAAGGAUUUGCAUGGAAACAACAAUACACAGUUCCCCAGAUAUGGAGGACUUUGGGCUCCAAAUGUUAAUAGGUCUGCUGACGUUGACGGAGAGAAGUCCGAUCUACAUGAAAUAGGAGGCAAGCUGUGGACAGAAUCAUGUAACAAACGUAAAAUGUUAUUUGAGGAGACGAAUCACCAAAAGAAACAUGAAAGAGAUGUUCCAUAUGGUGAUGUACAUGGUAAGAAUUCUUCUGUGGCUGUUAUUUCCUCAGUGAAAACUUCACAUGUUUCGAUGACCACUGAAGAUGGUUCAACUGCCGAAAAUGAAGAUGUGGCGGAGUCUGAAGUUGAGGGUUCGACAUCAAGGCAGGGUUUACAUCAUGAAAAUGGCACAAAAAGGUACAUGGGUAAUGCUCGCUCCUCCGAGUUUCCCAAAGAGAAGCAUGGGAUUAGUGAUUCUGGUGCUAAAGACAUGCAAGGGCAAAAGCAAUCUAAUGUUCCACCAGGAAAUGAAUCUAAUAUUGGAAACCUAACAUAUGGGAUUCCAUAUUCUCUACAACCUCUCACAGUAAUGACCGUGCCAUCCUCAUUGCCUGUGAAGGUGCCUAACUCAAAUGGUCCUUCCAGCACAUCAGGGUUUCCUGGACCUUGUGUGAUGCAGAUGAUGCCUUGUGCAAAUAGUGAGUGGCCAGUCAGCCAGCCAAUGAAUCCUAGCAAUAUGCCAUUGACUUUUGGUUACUCAACAUUACAACUUCCGAUAUUGGAGACAGAUCAGCCGUGGGGAAUGGUUUCUCAUGUUCAACAGUUGCCUCCUUCCUAUGCUGGAAGGAAUAUUGGCAGUGUGGUCUUGAAUUCGGAUAAAUCAGAAGAUGGAUUAAAGAUUUCUCCAGCUGUUGUUCAGGGACCUUCUCAUAGCUCAUCAGAAGCUUCUCCAUAUGAUGGGAAAGCAUCUGAGUCAGCCAAAGGGAGUGGCAAACAGCAUGCUUCUGAAGAGGGUGGUGCCAUUUCCUCUUCUCAGACAGAAGAUUUGGUCAAGGGGAAUGGAAUGAUCUUCAGGCCAAAGGAAGUAUCAGACCAAUCGGCAGUGGAUGGCUUCCCAUACGAAGGCUCGGCUAUUAGGCCAGGUAUUGCUGCAGGUUUGAAAUUUGGGGGACGUGGUUCUUAUCCUGAUCUACCAUGGGUUUCUACUACAGGUCCAGGCCCAAAUGGGAGGACAAUUUCUGGCGUUACUUAUAGAAUUGACAAAAACCAGGUAAAGAUAGUUUGUGCAUGCCAUGGGUCUCAUAUGUCCCCGGAAGAGUUUAUUCAGCAUGCCAGUGCGGAUCAACACAACCCUGAGAACAGCUCAGGUUUCGUGUCAUUUCCAAAUGGCAAUCCUGCAAGUUCAGCCCAGGGCUGAUGUCUUAGAGUAAUAAUAAGAUGACUUAUUUUGCAAUGAAAACAUCUGCCUGUGGUUUUCUUUACCAUAUUGUAAGCUUCCUCGUUAUCUUUCUUGCUAUAUAUAUGUCACUGAUUUAUUUGCAAUCCAAUCAAAUGUCUUGAGUAACCAGUAUUUUUAUGCAGGCUAAUGUAAUCAUUGAACAUCAUUAUUCUGUUGUCAAGUAGUAGCAUCGAAAAGUCAUCCCUUCCA